ACAUCACCAUCAUCUCCUUCCCUCACUCAUCUCCCUUGGUGCUUCGGGGUUCCCCUUCUCCUUAAACAAGAUGUCUCACCAGAAAAAGCAGCCCACUCCAUGUCCUCCCGUGGGUUGUGGAAAGACCUCUGGUGGAGGAGGAGGCGGCGGUGGCGGUUACUAUAGCGGUGGUGGUAGCGGUGGAGGCUCCAGCUGCGGAGGUGGCUCAUCUGGAGGAGGCUCUGGCUGCGGAGGCGGAGGCGGAGGCGGUGGUUCCUAUGGAGGUGGUUCCAGCUGCGGCGGCGGAGGCGGCUCCGGAGGGGGCGUCAAGUACUCUGGUGGCAGCAGCGGUGGCUCUAGCUGCGGCGGCGGCUACUCCGGGGGCGGCGGCGGCUCCAGCUGUGGAGGUGGCUACUCCGGGGGCGGCGGCGGCUCCAGCUGCGGUGGCGGCUACUCCGGGGGCGGCGGCGGCGGCUCCAGCUGCGGUGGCGGCUACUCCGGGGGCGGCGGCUCCAGCUGUGGAGGCGGCGGCUACUCUGGGGGUGGCUCCAGCUGUGGAGGUGGUGGCGGCUCCGGUGGGGGCGUCAAGUACUCCGGUGGCAGUGGCGGCGGCGGCGGCUCCAGCUGCGGCGGCGGCUACUCCGGCGGGGGCGGAGGCUCCAGCUGCGGAGGCGGAUCAGGAGGCGGCGGCUCCUACUGCGGAGGCUCCUCUGGAGGCGGCAGCUCCGGUGGCUGCGGCGGCGGUUCCGGAGGGGGCAAGUACUCCGGCGGCGGCGGCGGCGGUGGCUCCAGCUGCGGAGGCGGCUACUCCGGCGGUGGUGGAAGUGGAGGCGGCUCUAGCUGUGGCGGCGGCUACUCAGGCGGUGGUGGAUCCAGCUGCGGCGGCGGCGGAUACUCCGGUGGCGGCGGUAGCAGCUGCGGAGGUGGCUCCUCCGGUGGUGGCGGCGGCGGCUCCUCCGGGUCGUCCCAACAGUAUCAGUGCCAGAGCUACGGAGGCGGAUCUAGCGGUGGCUCCAGCUGCGGCGGCGGCUACUCCGGGGGCGGCGGCUCCAGCUGCGGCGGCGGCUACUCCGGGGGCGGCGGCUCCAGCUGCGGAGGCGGGUCCUCCGGUGGUGGCUCCAGUUGCGGCGGCGGCAGCGGCGGCGGCUAUUCCGGUGGAGGCGGUGGCAGCUGCGGCGGCGGCUCCUCUGGUGGCGGCGGGGGCUAUUACUCCUCGCAGCAGUCCAGUCAGACCUCCUGCGCUCCCCAGCAGAGCUACGGAGGGGGCUCUUCAGGCGGAGGUGGUAGCUGCGGAGGUGGCUCCUCCGGCGGCGGCGGCGGCGGCAGCGGCGGCUGCUACUCUAGCGGUGGUGGCGGCGGCAGCGGUGGCUGCGGUGGAGGCUACUCCGGAGGCGGCGGUGGCUGUGGCGGCGGCUCUUCCGGGGGCAGCGGCGGUGGAUGCGGAGGCGGCUACUCCGGAGGUGGUGGCGGCGGUUCCAGCUGCGGAGGCGGCUCCUCAGGGGGCGGCUCUGGAGGUGGCAAGGGUGUGCCAGUCUGCCACCAGACCCAGCAGAAACAGGCGCCCACCUGGCCGUGCAAGUAAAGUCCCCGGGCUGCAGCGGAGACAACGGAGCUGGAAGAGUUCUCCGUGGACGCCUAUGGGCUUAACUUUCUCAUGAAAUUGCCCGAGGUUUCCAAACCCCCCAUUUUAAGCUCACCCCCUCACCCUCACCCCCAAGAAGAAGCCUUUGAGUCGCUCAAGUUGUAUCUUGUUCUGUCGAUUUUUCCUCUUGGUUUCUGAAUGAUUCCCUCCCAAUUCCAGUGCCUACUCAGUCAAUAAAUUUGCAAUUCAUGGGAA